UUUCAUUAAGAGCUGGGCUGUUCUGAUAGUUUCGUUGCUACUUGCCAUUGCCACGAAGAACACAUAGCUUAUACAUAUAAAAAUAUAUUCUGUUUUGUUAUAGGCAAACAGAUUAAAAGAAAACAAUUUUUCAGCUGGUUUUUGGCGGGAAAUAAGUUGUUGUUUUUUCUGGUUACUUCUCGAUGGCGGAUUCCGAUGCAUCGCCUCACACGGCAGCUUUCUGGAUUCAGGCUGAUGCUUUGCUCAGGAAGAACUUAACUUAUCAGAAACGAAACAUCAGUGCGAAUUGCAGGCUAAUCUCAUUUCCAUUCGUGCUCUGUAUCCUCCUUAUCAUCACUCAAACACUAGUUGACAAUCAAAUAAGCAAAGAUAGUAACGUGUGCGGUUGUCAGUGUAUCGAUACAAAUGGAGAUGGAACGUGUGAGAGAGUGUGUGGUUUACAAUACUCAGAUGUGGAUCAAGCCCCUAGUUGUUCUGUUCCUAGUCCACCCAAGUGGCCUCCUCUGUUACAGGUUCCGGGUCCUCAAUAUCGUGCCGUCAGAAGUGCUUCUGAUUCUCUUAGUGAUUUUCCGGACGAGUCUUGUAGACAAAACGGCAGCUGUCCUGUUUCUCUUCUUAUCACCGGAACUAAUAUGGCUUUUGGACGAAGUUUGGCUGAGAUGAUGUUCGCAGCUCCUUCCAUUCUUAAUUCCACCAACAGUGUGCUGGGUUCAAAUUCAGAACCUCAACAGGACAAUUUUCUUGAUCCUGCUUUCGCCGAGGGUUCUCUCUAUAACAUUCAAAGUCAGUGCACACCGCCUUCUACAUUCAAUGUUUCUGUUCCCCUUCUUCCGGAUGCUUCCUUCCAAAAUGUGACCACAUGUGUUCGAAGUAUAAGUUUGUGGCGCAAUAGUUCUUCGGAGAUAAAUGAUCAGAUAUACCGGGGCUAUGAAAAAGGCAAUGCAGAGAGGACGUAUAACGAGAUACUUGGAGCCUAUGAUUUCUUAAACUCCGAUGCCAAUAAUUUUAAUGUGAAUGUGUGGUACAAUGCCACCUACAAGGAUUCUAGCGAUGGGGAAACCUACUUGGUGCGGUUACCACGUGCAGUAAAUCUGGUAUCGAAUGCCUAUCUUCAGUCGUUAGGAUCUGGUGCUAAAAUGAUAUUAGACUUUGUCAAAGAAAUGCCUAAAACUUCAACAAAGCUCAAGCUGGAUAUCGCAUCUCUUCUUGGCACUCUCUUCUUUACAUGGGUUGUCAUACAACUGUUUCCGGUGGUGUUGACAGCACUGGUUUAUGAGAAACAACAGAAACUACGGAUCAUGAUGAAAAUGCAUGGGCUUGGAGAUGGGCCUUAUUGGAUGAUUUCUUAUAUGUAUUUUCUUGCUAUAUCUGCACUAUACAUGUUCGUUUUUGUGGCAUUUGGGUCACUAGUAGGUUUGAAAUUCUUCACACUGAACGACUACUUCAUCCAAUUUGUGUUUUAUUUCCUCUAUAUAAACCUGCAAAUUUCCUUGGCGUUCCUGGUCUCCGCAUUCUUUUCGAAUGUCAAGACUGCUACAGUUGUAGGCUAUAUAUGUGUCUUUGGAACUGGGCUUUUAGGUGGCUUUCUUUUCCAGUCCUUCGUUGAAGACGCUUCAUUCCCAAAGGGAUGGAUCAUAUUCAUGGAGUUGUAUCCUGGUUUCGCUCUAUAUCGUGGCUUGUACGAGUUUGCAGAGUAUUCCUUACAAGGCAACUCCAUGGGGACUGAUGGCAUGAAGUGGGGAAAUUUGAGUGAUAGUGAAAAUGGGAUGAGCGACGUGAUGAUUAUCAUGCUUCUUGAAUGGUUGGCGGUGCUUUGUAUAGCCUAUUAUGUGGAUCAAAUUUUUGCAUCUGGGAGUGGAAAAAAUCCAAAAUAUUUAUUGCAAAAGUUUCGGAAGAAGCGUCCAUCAUCUUUUCGGAAGCCUAGUUUGGGCAGGCAGGCAUCUAAAGUUUUUGUUGAUAUGGAUAAACCUGAUGUCAUUCAGGAGAGGGAGAAGGUCGAGCAGAUACUGCUGGAACCAACAACAACUCAUUCAAUCGUCUGUGACAACCUGAGAAAGGUGUAUCCCGGAAGGGAUGGAAAUCCAGAGAAAUUGGCAGUGAGAGGAUUAUCUCUCGCUAUACCUCGAGGGGAGUGCUUCGGCAUGCUUGGUCCAAAUGGUGCAGGGAAAACCUCGUUUAUUAGUAUGAUGAUUGGGCUCACAACACCCAGCACGGGGACAGCAUAUGUCGAGGGCUUAGACAUACGGACUCAAAUGGAUUGGGUAUAUACCAGCAUGGGCGUUUGCCCGCAGCACGACUUGCUGUGGGAAACUCUGACGGGAAGAGAACACCUGCUAUUUUAUGGCCGACUAAAGAACCUAAAAGGCGCUGCUUUGAAAAGAGCAGUGGAAGACUCUCUUAAGAGCGUCAACCUAUUUAACGGAGGGGUUGCUGACAAACAAGCUGGGAAAUACAGUGGAGGUAUGAAGAGGAGGCUUAGCGUUGCCAUAUCACUGAUUGGAGAUCCCAAAGUUGUUUAUAUGGAUGAACCCAGUACUGGAUUAGAUCCAGCUUCAAGAAGCAAUUUAUGGAAUGUUGUGAAGCGUGCAAAGCAAGACCGAGCAAUUAUUCUGACCACACAUUCAAUGGAAGAGGCAGAGUACCUGUGUGAUAGGCUGGGGAUUUUUGUUAGCGGAGGCUUACAGUGCGUAGGAAACCCAAAAGAGCUGAAGGCUAGAUAUGGAGGAUCUUACGUGUUCACAAUGACGACAUCUAUAAACGACGAGCAUGAGGUGGAGCAGAUGGUUCGGCGUCUCUCCCCCAACGCCGAAAGAACAUACCAUAUGGCUGGAACCCAGAAGUUUGAGAUGCCAAAACAUGAGGUCAGCAUGGCAGAUGUAUUCCAUGCAGUCGAGGUUGCAAAGAGCAGGUUCCCGGUUUAUGCAUGGGGCUUGUCGGAUACCACCUUAGAAGACGUCUUCAUCAAGGUGGCGAAUUCAGCCCAAGAAUUCCACACGCUUACAUGAUUAGAUUGAUAUAUGUUGAUUGUUUAUAAAUUUUCACGCUACUUCCAUAUAUAUUUUUGUUGAUUUUUUUUCAGAAGCAAUGGCCUACUAAUACUGUAUUGUUUGUAGAUAUGGCAUCAGAUUUUGAGCAUAUAUAAUAUUGAUUGUCUUUUUUGGUA